GGUUUCAGUCUUCUUAUUUAUUCUCUCUCUCUUUCUCUCUAUCUCAAUUCUGCAAUCGCGGCGAAUCUCUCUCAGGACUUGAUCGUAGGUUUUGAUCUGAUAAAAAGGAAGAUGUCUGCUACUCAGGAAGAAGACAAGAAGCCCGGUGAACAAGGAGGAGUUCACAUCAAUCUCAAAGUCAAGGGCCAGGAUGGAAAUGAAGUCUUCUUUAAGAUCAAGAGGAGCACUCAGCUGAAGAAGCUUAUGAACGCUUACUGCGACCGUCAAUCUGUGGAUCUCAACGCAAUUGCUUUUUUGUUUGAUGGGCGUCGUCUCCGUGCUGAGCAGACUCCAGAUGAGCUUGAUAUGGAAGAUGGAGAUGAGAUCGAUGCAAUGCUCCAUCAGACCGGUGGUGUUGCAAGUGGAGGCAUGUAUCUGUUCUGAUUUUAGUUGGUCUUUUAUGGUUUUCGAUAAUAUGUUGUGACAUAUAAUUAAUGGACAGUUUUCAAUAAGACGAUGGUGACAUUAUUAUUAGAUCCUAUGAUAACAAUACCAAUGGAAUGGGCUUUGAUUUGUGGA